AUGAAACUCUCGACGAUCAUGCAGAGGAUCGCGCUGAAGGUUCUCCUCCUGUCGCCGACGAUCUGGUGCAAUCACGUUGUGAUAUGCGCCCAUUGUCAUGAGCUCUCGGCCGACGAAUGUGUGUUGCCCAACUUCCCUAGUCUGGCCCCAUGUAGAGGAAAGCUCCCCCAGGCCCAGGGUGGGGGCCCAUGUCUCAAGCCGCGCAUCCAGAGGUAUUCGCAAUGCAGGCGCUCCGAGUGCGGACGAUUCACCGGCCAGAAUCUCAGGAUCGGCGGUCAAGCUUGCAAGCAUUGGAUCAAGUACAAAAUCCCGAGCGACAUAUGCGCCCAUUGCGGACAUCCCACAGCCUUCCAGUGUGAGUUAACUUACUACCCGAAUCUGGCCCCGUGUAAGGUCCUGCUCUCCAACGGUGAAGAAUGCGGCGCGGUGCGCACCCAGAGGUACUCGCAAUGUAUUCGAAGCGAGUGUCGACGUUUCACCGGCCAGAACCUCGAGGUUGCCAGUGAAGGAUGUUUCCAUUGGAAUAAUUACAAAAUCCCCGAAUUCUACAAUUUCUUGUCUGUAGAUCAAGAGGAAUAA